GCCCCGCACUCUGGAGUUUAUGUAACAUGUAAAGAGCCAGAGAUUGUCUGGCUCAGCCACUUUCGAUCUGAGAGCACUUUCGCGGGAUCCAACAAUUCGAGUUGGCUUACUUGGGUACUUCGCUCAGGAGCCAAAAAAGAACCAGAGUUUGUUUGUAAGAGCCAGUGUCAGCGAAUGUGACCGACCUGAGGCCGCUAUCGGCCGGGGUAACAUUUCAGAGUUUGCUUGGGUACUUCGCAAAGGACAUCUGAAUUUAUUAUCUAUUUGUACAUCUUCAAUCAUUAAGCGGAUUUAUUGCACUAAAUGGUGAGAUAAUUAGCGGUAGCUCACUUGUUAUAGUAUCAAAUACAAUCUAAAAAACUCAAAUCUGUGGCGACGUGACACCCAUGUGGAUUUGCCACGUGAUUGGCUGUUGGGGGGGGGAUGGGAGGGGCUAAGGCGGAGAGGGAGGAUAUAAAAUCGGCAACCAGUUGUCUUCGCAUCCUUUUCCUGAGAACUUCUGGAAACCAGAGGAAGCCCACAUUUGGAAAAAGAUCGAAUCAUGAAGCUCAUGCAGGAAGCGGAGGACCCAAACCGUGACAGAAAGCUAAUAAAAUCCCAAGUCGAGAAGCGUCGACGUGAGAGAAUGAACCAUAGUCUGGAGCGUUUGAGGUGCAUGUUGAUGCAAGAGCCACAACAACAGGAGCAGCAGGGUCCAGCGCAGCGUCGUGUGGAGAAGACCGAGAUUUUGGAGCACACGGUCCUGUUCCUCCACAACACGAGCAAAGCAACAAAUGGCCAACAACCACCGCAACAUUCCUUCCAAGACGGCUUUCACACCUGCCUGCAAAGGGCCGCCCACUUCCUGGGGCCCGAGGGCAAAAGCCUGUGGCUCGCCUUGGAUACCUCCUUCAUCCAACGCUCCUUUUCACCUUCAUCCUCCUCUUCUUCCUCCAUCCUCCACGUGCUGAGACACAAGUCCAAGCACAACAGACGAGCGGCGGCUCAGGCCCCCAGAACCCCCCCGCAGGGGCAAAACUGGCUGGGGACGUGCAUGGCGAGCCCCCCGGCAGAGGGCCCCUCACUUGGCCCGAGUGUGUGGAGGCCGUGGCCAUAAACAAUGAACUUUGAACCCCCCCGCCCCUUCCCUAUGUAUACAUUAUCUGUCAAGUUGAUGGUGUAAAUAGUUUGAAGACGUCGUUUGUACGCUGCUGUGUAUAUAUGUGAACCACUCGACCCACUAUAGAUGUAGAUAUAGUGCCGCUUGGGAUGGGGAGCUGGAUGCUGGCGCCCACCAUGUGUCCACUUCAGAGGUGAGU